UGCGCAUGUCGAAUUCGUCAUUCAUCGUUCGUUCGCUUUGGCCGACAUCGCGGAACGGUCAUUUUUUCGUGAUCUGCAUUUUUUUGCCAACGAGAUACUAAACUUAUAAUUAAACAAAAUGCCCAACCAGGUGUUAACUAUAGAGCCUCAAAACGAACUAAAAUUUAAGGUUGAUUAUUCAGGACUCUUCGAGUCAGGAUGCACCACGUACAUGCGAUUGACAAACCCCUCAAAUGAUACGGUACUCUUCAAGAUAAAAACUACUGCACCAAAGAAGUACUGUGUACGUCCUAAUUCUGGCGUGCUUGAGCCAAACUCUAAAGUGGAAAUAGCGAUUACUCCACAGCCUGUGUAUGUGGACCCCAAUGAGAAACAUAAACAUAAGUUUAUGGUCCAAAGCGUGGUUGCUCCGGAGGGAAAUACCAAUAUUGAUCAAGUGUGGAAGGAAAUCAGCCCAGAUCAAUUGAUGGACUGCAAGUUGAAGUGUGUCUUUGAAUCUCCUCGUGGAACUAACUUGAAUGAUGCUGGUGACAAUGUCGCUCAAAACGAAGUGACCAAGAAGCGUGUCGCGGUGGCAGAUGAGGCAAAGUCGUCGACAAAGGAUGCCGUAGAAGGUCUUAUCCAGAAUGAAGCAAAGCGGAAGGAUGAUGAUCACACUACUGGCGUGAAAACGACUUUGACUUUCCCCAAGCCUGAGAACGCAGAUACUGAUUUGCAAAAAGCUACCUUAGAAGUUAUUCUUUUGAGGGAGGAAGAAAGCAAACUAAGACAUGAAAAUCUGCAACUAAAAGAGGAGCUGAUGCGCCUGCGCCAGUCCGCGGGUGGUGACGGUCGCGUGGCGCGCCCUCACUCAUACGGACCCGAAAAGAACGCACAGAUUGCACUGAUGCCUUGGGUCCUCACCGCCGUUGGCAUGGCGCUCCUCGGCAUUAUCAUCGGCAAGUUCCUUAUGUGAAUGGUCUCCCCAACCCCGCGGUGACCUUGACAUCGCCUCACAGAUACCGCUGUUACACCGCUCCCGAUGCAUCCCUCUCGCACAAGGCAGCUUAUAAUUUUUAUAGCAACCUCCAAAGCUUCCAUCGUGCCGUUCUUGUGUUCCUCUAAGAGUUUAAUAUCUAAGUUAGUGUAAUUUUCUAUUACACGAAUGUUUGUUUUGUUUAUGCAAUCACACUUAUUGUUGUUUAUCCACGAAACUCGCCAAAACUAACUACCUGUACUUUUAGUGUCAAGUUGUCAACAGAAAAUCGGACUUAUGUUCCGUUACUUUAAAAUAAUUUGUUAGACGAAUUAUUACUAUUCUUGAUAUAGUGCUUUUCCAAUUCCAAGGCAAACAAUGUGUUCCUGUUAGUUGUUUGUUAAUUUUAUGAUAAAAUGUAGCAAGUCCCUUUAAAAAAUAUUAUUAAAUUUUGUAUAUAUUCACAAGUUUAUAUAAGGACCUUCUUAAUAUUACCUCUUUGAAAUACGUCUAGUAUUUAUGCCAAGCCAUUCUUCCGAAGCUAUAAAUCGCCCUAAACUUGAAAUUAUAACCCUCUUCAUGAAAAUUGUUGUAUUUCUACAACCAAUUGUCCUGUGUGUAAAUGUGAGAUAGGUGCUUAAGGUUGCUUGCCGAAAGAUCGCUUAUUACGGCUAGUUUAUUAUACUCAUAACUUGAGGCAUCAUUCUGUUUAUUUCAGCUGUUUAAAGUUGAUAGAGCCAGAAUUAUGUGUCAAGUCAGUUUUAUUUGUGAAUCAGUCCAUAAUCCACCUUUCGAACCCCUGAGUUCUAUAUUGUUUAUACCAGAGUCUUAACCACGGUAAUACUAAAUAUUUUAGAUGUUGUUCAUUCACAUUUAUUGUAUUUUAAUGUUGCAACCUACAUAGAACUUAGCAUAUUCACAUGUUAUUUUAUUAUAAGUAUCACUGCUUAUUUUAUGUUUAAACAAAACAUUACAAUUGUCAUCUGUAUGAAAAGCAAUAAUAGGGUUAAGAUCACCAAGCUGACAAAUUAUUAGCUAUACCAGAUUAAAUAUGUAAGUUCAGAUUAUACACCAAAAGUGUGGUACUAUAGUGAGCACUUGUGUUAAUAUUGUCUGCUAUACAUCACAUAAUAUAUUUACAGCAAAAUAUAUUAGAGAGCGAGAACGAGUUUCAACAAUGUAUCUGUGCUCUUCUAAUAUAUAGAUAUAAAAUAAUUGUUUAUUAUAGAAGUUAGUAGUCUAUUUGAUAUCAUUGUUCGGAAUUUGCAAUCUUGGUGAGUUUUUCCCGCGAAACUCUUGAUUCUAAUGUAUUAAGGUAACACUUACAAUCAAUAAUUGUGAUAUAAAAAAUGCAAUGAGUAGUGUUAACAAAUCAUAUUCAUAUUUAUAUAAUUGCAUUUUUAUAAACAGUGGUAAGAUGUCAGGGCAGAAGAUCGGUCAAUAGAUAUUAUAUUUAUCUAUUAUAAAAUAUUUUUUGCCUAGUUUAUUGAGUAAUGAUAAAGUUGUAACCGUGUCUCCUUGAUAAACUUUGGUGUUAACACAUAUUCUCUGAGACACCAAACCUAGUUCAAUAUGAACAUAGUUAAUAUUAAUUGCCAUUAAAAAUAAUUGUUUUGGCAAUACACCAAGAAUUAUCAAGAAGAGCGAGUUACUAAAUGCGGCUUGCCAAGUGUGCUUGUCGGCAUUUACUAAAUUGAUGAUAU